AUGAACGCUCGACGGGCAGAAAUGGAGGCGGCAAAGCAGCGCGAGCUCGAGCUUCAGCGUCAGCUGGAGUCGAUGAACGACAGCGACAGCUCCUCGGAUGACGACAAGGAGGCGAAACAGGUGACGGAUCGAGAGGCGGCACAGGCCUCGGGCGGCAGCCACGCCGUGGACCAAGAGGCAGAGCAACGGAGCAGCCCGUCCCCGGUUGCGUCGGCCAUAUCGCCUCCACCGACGGUGGUCACGUCGCCUCCGACGGAGACGGAAAGCAAAAACCCCUACUUCAAGAUGAUGUCGCAACCUUCGGCGGCCACCUCUCCGGCGGCGAGCGCGAACGUUUCCCCCCGGGCGCCGGCGCCGGCGCCGCAGUCGGAUCCGACGACGAACCCUUUCCAUCGCAUGGCGCAGGAGCAAAAGGCAACGCCCGUCCCCUCGGCCGGUCCCAUCACGAGGAAGCGGGCAGACUCGGACGACUGGGGCUCGGACAGGGAGGACGACGAGGAGGACUCGGACGACGAUCGGCCCGGAGGCGGCAACGCGGCGCAGCUGGCGUCCAUCCUGUUUGGCACUAUGGCUCCGCCGCGCCCUCUCUCGGCGGCCGGCAAGGACGCGUCGCCGGCGAGUCCCGCUCCGGCCAGCGACGCCCGCAUCGCGUCCCCGCCGCCUCCGCCUCCGCCUCCACCUCCGCCUCCAGCGAUGGCCGGCUCGGAUGGCUCAACGGCCGCGCCGCCGUCGCCACCUCCCCUGCCGAGCUCGGACGCGCCAGCGGCUCCUCCGCCUCCGCCGCCUCCGCCGCCUCCCAUGCCUGGGUUUGGAGCACCAUCGGCACCACCUCCGCCGCCGCCGCCGCCGAUGCCAACGUCGGCCACACCUCCACCGCCUCCCAUGGCCGGCAUGGGAGGGCCGCCGCCGCCACCGCCGCCUCCCCCUCCAGCGGGUGCGGCGCCUGCGCCAUCCGGCGGACGGCCCAGCGGCUUCCUGAACGAAAUCCAGCUCGGAAAGUCGCUCAAGAAGACGACGACAAAGGACAAGAGCGCGGCGGCGGUGGCCGGGCGCGUGCUGGACUAG